AGGUCAGCAGAACUGGCUACAGUUAGAUCACCGAGUUCUUGACCAUGAUCUGCCCAAGAAACCAGGUGCCACCAUCUUGCACUUUGCUGUGAGUGCCGGCCAUCCCCCUGGCCCCCAUCUCCCUUCUCCUGCCUCCCUUCCUGCCUUCUUCUCAAAGCCUGCAUCCCUAUUUUGCUCGUGGAGGAUGGGAGCAGGCUGUUUUGCAGUUUGGAAGGGAAGAAGCAACACUUGGACACUUAAUGGGUUGCCUGGGGCAGAAGACUUCCUUGGACCCCUUUCUGACAGGUCACAGCAAGGUCCUUACCCUCCUGGGCCUCCAGCCCUUCCCUGGGGAUCUCAGAAAGAGCCACACCAUGGGAGUGAGCAACAGGGCAGGUUCCUACAGACUUAUCUGGAGGGCCCUCCCUGGUUCUCCUAGAGAUGCCUGGAAAUUUGGAAGUGAGGGAGCGUCUUUUGGCAGGGAGCACAUAGUGGAAGCAAACUGUGCUUUCCUUGGGGAAUUCUGUCAGACUGCACCCCUCCCAGAGAUGAAAGGAGCAUCUGGGACUCCCACGAGCCCUGCAUAAUAGCUUGGAGAAAGUACAGUAUACUUCAAUUACACUGCUGGCUUCUGCAUGCAUCAUAAAGUGAGACGAUGAGGUAGCCGGGUCAUUACAAGCAAUGAGCAGAGAUCUCCCUGCUCAGAAUGUGGCCUGGGAUCUGAUAGGAAUCUUCUUGGGCCCGCGGCUGCGGUGAGUGCCAGAAAUUACCCGCAAUAACUGACUGAAACCCAGAAGGAGGCCCUCGCUGGACUCCACUCACAAGCUCAGCAUUGUUCAGAAUGCGAAGUCAUUAAGCAAUUCUUGCCCGAUUCCCCGACUUUGAAGAUAUCACGGAGACAUAAGGAAGGCCCUGGAAAACUAAAUAUGCUCAGUUGGCAGAGAACAAGUCAUAACUGGUCAGAAAGACUUUUGUUUCAUGGCAUUUUCCUGUUCUGGGUCAAAUGGACACUUGGGGAGCACUUUGGGUCCAAGAGAGAAAGAGCUUAGGAAGGACACUUGCUAAAGUCUUAAAAAAGCUUCCCGGCUCAGUCACUGCCUUUUAUUAUAGUGCCAUCUAUAGAAGAAGAAGAAGAAUCUAGUAAUAAUGCCCGCCACCCAUUGGCUGCUGAGUGGCAUGCCUCCAGCUAUAUUGAGCACAUUUAAAACAUCUCAUGGCUCUGGGAUGUGGGGCAGGUGAAGCAGGGGAGCACUGAGCAGCCGGACGGCCAGCUCGAGGCCCCAGGAUGAGGCUGUCUCCCCAACUCCAUGGUGUUGACUUUUGGUCACAAUGAAUAAAUGCCCCAAGAAGAAAAUAUUGGCCACCUACCGGUUUUACAUUGAGAGCAUAUCGUUUUUAAAGGAUAAAACCACAGUGGAGCUGUUUUUCCUGAACGCAAAGUCCUGUGUGCACAAGGGGCAAAUCGAAGCGGACAGCGAAACCAUCUUCAAGUUAGCAGCGCUUGUGUUACAGGAAGCCAAAGGGGAUUAUACCAGUGAUGAAAAUGCCAGGAAAGAUUUAAAGACCCUACCAGCCUUUCCAACCAAAACUCUUCAGGAGCAUCCAUCCCUUGCUUACUGUGAGGACAGGGUAAUUGAGCAUUAUUUGAAAAUCAAAGGUCUGACUCGGGGUCAAGCUGUGGUUCAGUAUAUGAAAAUAGUAGAAGCUCUACCCACGUACGGAGUCCAUUAUUAUGCAGUAAAGGAUAAACAAGGACUUCCUUGGUGGCUUGGAAUCAGCUAUAAAGGAAUCGGCCAGUAUGAUUUGCAAGAUAAAGUGAAACCUCGGAAAUUAUUCCAAUGGAAACAGCUGGAGAACCUAUAUUUCCGUGAGAAAAAAUUUGCCGUUGAAGUUCACGAUCCACGGAGGAUUUCUGUGUCAAGAAGAACCUUUGGGCAAAGUGGCCUCUUCGUGCAAACGUGGUAUGCAAACCCUUCUCUCAUCAAGUCCAUCUGGGUAAUGGCAAUUAGUCAGCAUCAGUUUUACUUGGACCGGAAGCAAAGCAAAGCAAAAAUUCCUUCAGCCAGGAGUUUAGACGAUAUUGCGAUGGAUUUGACCGAGACAGGAACACCGAGGGUCUCCAAAAUGGUGACACUGGAGGCCAAAACUCAGUUCAUCAUGGCGAGCAAUGGCAGUUUAAUCUCUUCAGGUUCUCAAGACUCAGAAGUUAGCGAGGAGCAAAAGAGAGAGAAAAUCCUGGAGCUCAAGAAGAAGGAAAAGCUCUUGCAGGAAAAACUCCUGAAAAAAGUCGAGGAGCUUAAGAAGAUCUGUUUGCGGGAGGCUGAGCUCACCGGCAAAAUGCCAAAAGAAUAUCCGCUGAGCGUAGGUGAGAAACCGCCUCAGGUCAGAAGGCGUGUAGGCACUGCGUUCAAAUUGGAUGACAACCUGCUGCCAAGUGAACAGGAUCCUGCUUUGCAAGAACUGGAGAGCAAUUUCCUAAUACAGCAAAAGCUGGUUGAAGCUGCAAAGAAACUUGCCAACGAGCCAGACCUUUGUAAAACUGUGAAGAAAAAACGAAAGCAAGAUUACACAGAUGCAGUGAAAAAGCUUCAGGAGAUUGAAAACGCGAUAAAUGAAUACCGAAUCAGAUGUGGAAAGAAACCCAGCCAGAAAGCAACGGUUAUUUUACCAGAAGACAUAAUCCCAUCAGAGAGCAGCUCCUUGUCUGACACUACCACCUAUGACGAUUCUAAUGACACCUUCGCUCUUGCCGGGCAGCGACCAAGUUCAGUACCUCAUUCUCCAAGAAUUCUUCCCCCCAAGUCUCUCGGUAUUGAGCGAAUCCAUUUCAGAAAGUCGUCCGUCAAUGAACAGUUUGUGGAGACCAGGCAGUCCAGGGAAAUGCUGUCGACACAUGGCAGCCCUUACAAAACCCUGGAGCGGCGGCCCCCGGGCGGACAGAGCAUGCCCACCACCCCAGUUCUGACCCGCAACGCCUACAGCACCAGCCACUUGGAACCCGAAUCUUCAGCCCAGCACUGUCGCCAGCGCAGUGGAAGCCUUGAAUCUCAGUCUCACCUGCUGUCUGAGAUGGACAACGAUAAGCCAUUUUUCUCCCUCUCCAAAUCCCAAAGAAGCAGUAGUACGGAAAUCCUGGAUGAUGGGUCUUCCUACACCAGCCAGUCAAGCACAGAGUAUUACUGCGUGACGCCCGUCGCCGGCCCCUGUUACACUACCCAGACUCUGGACACUCGUGCCAGGGGCCGGAGAAGGUCCAAGAAACAGAGUGUUUCGACUUCAAAUUCAGGAAGCAUGCCCAACCUAGCACAAAAGGAUAGUUUGAGGAAUGGCGUCUACACAAAGAGCCAGGAACAACCUUCUUCUGGUUACUAUAUUGCUGGGUACACACCCUAUCCCGAGUGCGAUCUUUAUUACAGUGGCGGCUACGUCUAUGAGAACGACACGGAAGGACAGUACAGCGUCAAUCCUUCCUACCGGGCCUCGGCCCACUACGGCUAUGAGCGCCAAAGGGACUAUAGCAGGUCCUUUCAUGAGGAUGAGGUCGACCGGGUGCCCCACAACCCAUAUGCAACUCUCCGGCUGCCCAGGAAGGCUGCUGCCAAGUCAGAGCACAUCACCAAAAACAUCCACAAGGCCUUAGUUGCAGAGCACCUGCGUGGCUGGUACCAGCGGGCCUCUGGGCAGAAGGAUCAGGGGCACAGCCCACAGACUAGCUUUGACUCAGACAGGGGAUCGCAGAGGUGCCUGGGGUUUGCGGGGCUGCAAGUACCCUGCUCUCCCAGCAGCCGAACAUCCUCCUACUCUUCCGUAUCUUCUACAAACACUUCUGGAAACUGGAGGAGCCAGAUAGCUGUAGGGCUAUCUGACUACGAGACCCCAGCACAUUCUUCCUACACCAGCUGCUACGGCAACAUCUAUAAUCCUUUGCCCUCCCCGGGAAGACAGUAUCCAGAGAUCAGUCAACUGGACAGCACAGAUGGAAGCCGGUUGGAAGACAGCCUGGAGAGCAGGGAGCAGAAGCUCUUUUGGCAUGAAGAUUCAAAGCCUGGAACAUUAGUCUGAACUGCAGUUGGACCUCUUGACCAAGCACUGCAUUCUCACACUAGUGUGCCUUGCAAAAUGUGUUCGUCUUCCCAGAAAGCUAUCCGGCUUUAGAAAGCUAAAGGCAUCCAAGGUCGGAGAGACCCUGAACGACUUGCCCUUCCGACUCCGGGCACUCACGUGACAGAGCAAGGUGGAGCCAUGGCCACGAAAGGACUCAGCGUUUAUCAUUAGCAAGCACUUUUUAAGGGAAUAAAAGUUGUUGAAGGCAAACCGCAAAACUGUGAAAAGUGCGUUCAGGGUCCCCAACAGGAAAGAAGGACGCGAAAUUUCAGAGCACAAUCCAGAAUGAUGAGGAAAGGGAAACAGAAGCUCCUUAGUCAUUAAUCACCUUCAGAAAGUUUGGGUUUGUGAGCCGGUGAAGAAUAACUUGGCUAUCUCUACCCAGACAUGAACAAUUUAGACAGUAUUGGAAAAUUACUUGAAGAGAAGCUGGAUUUUCAUGAAGUUCUGAAUGACUGUAAAUGUUUUUAGGAUAUUAUAAAGAGUGAUGGUUUUCAUAAGCCCCGUAAAAUGGGUUCUGGAAAGACUUAGCAUCCUGUAAUAUAACUUUAUGGUAGCAGAUUGGGGAAAACAAAGCAGCCCACUGAAUAAUUGACAAACUCUGCUUGGAGAAUGUUCUAAGGUACAAUAUUAUUGGGCUCCUUUUUUUCUUUCUAUACCAAUGGCCUGAUAGGUGAUUAUUCAGGCUGGUAACUCUCCAAUUUGGCUGCCAUUUGAAAUGGCAGCCCUGAUAUGGAAAGUUUUUCUAACCAAGAGUUUGAAAAAGUAUUUUAAGGUCAUACAGAAAGAACCCAAAACAAAAUGAAAUGAAAAAACAAAAGCCACAGCAUUUUCAAUGAAUUGCGUGCCUUAAAAUGGUGAACAUUAGAAAAGUAAGCAUAUUGUCCAGAUUCCACGGGGGGUUCUAAGUCACCAAAUGACAAAAAACAAGAUUAAUCAUUAAAAAACAAAACAAACAAAAACAAAAACAAAAAAACUCCAAGCUGCAGUAGAUUUAAUUAUGAGGCUAAAACUACCUCAUACUUUACUCGGAAGAACUAAUUAGCUAUGGUUUAUUGUAGUGUUUUUAAAAAAAACAAAAACAAAUAUUUCCAUAUUCCAGAUUGCUCUUUUUUGUCAUCUUCACUUUGCUUCAAUAGUCCAUAAAAGGUGCUCCCUUCCCCCCCUUUUAUACAGGUUUCAUGUUCAUAUUGUGAAUAGAGAAGUUUCUGAACAACUUUUUUGGAACAUUUUCUAUCUAUAUUCCAAAGCAUGUAAUAUAUACAUAAAAAUGCUUUGUUAAACUGGUCCUUAGUCAUUUGUAUCAUUAAAUAUGAAGUUUGGGAGAAAAAUUUGGAACAAAAAAGAAGACAUGCAAAAAAUAAUAAGUUAUUCCUUUUUGCAUACUUGUAUAGCCUCCUAGAAACAGAAAUACCCUUUUGCAUAUUCUUUUACUGUUCUGACUUUUUAAGACCUAUUAUUUUUUUACAUAGGUCAAUAAACUGAGGUGUGCUACUGAAAAUGUUUACGUAUUCUUCCAUUACAUUCAGGGUUCAGACAAAGCAGUUUAAAGUGCUCUACUUCAAGUAAUCAUGUUGGACAAGAUUGCGGAUUUUUUGUUCUAGUAUUAGCAUAUUUUAUUGAUGCCAAGAUGCACAUUUUUUCAUAUUUACAUCUUUGAAAUCAGGAUGCAUCUUUUGAUGGAUGGCAUGCUCUCAAUGAACUGGCAGUGUUUUUUUCUUUCUUAGUGCUACAUAAAAUAAUGCUGUGUCCUACAAUAAAGUUGUC